AUGAAGCACUAUCAUAUCCCAGAGCAUAUACAGGGUAUCAUAAAUGGCUACUUUGAUGGCAUACAGCUUCGAUUCUCAAUCGGUGACCAGACAACGCCAUGGCAGAGGUUAGAGAAGGGGAUAGUAACUGGCUGCACCAUCUCAGUGGUACUAUUCGUGAUGGGCAUGAACUUUAUCAUCAACGCCGCGAAGAGGGAAACCAGAGGACCAAAAACAGCGUCAGGUAUACACCUCCCAUCCAGCAGGGGGUUCAUGGAUGACCUGACCAUCACUACCACCACACAUGUACAGGCCCGCUGGGUACUAACAGCCCUACAGGACACGGUCACAUGGGCACGAAUGAAGUUUAAACCCAAGAAGUCAAGGAGCCUGAUUAUCAAGAAGGGAAAGGUCACCAAAAGAUUCACUCUACAGGUGCAAGGGGAAGACAUUCCAUCCAUUAUUGACAGUCCAGUCAAGUGCCUCGGCAAGUGGUACGACGCCAGCCUGAAGGACACUAAUAACAUCACUAGAGUCAAAAACCAGCUCCAAGAUGGCCUGAAGCUUAUAGACCAGACAGGACUCCCGGGCAAGUUUAAGGCAUGGCUCUACCAACAUGGGUUACUACCUAGGCUUAUGUGGCCCCUUAUGCUGUACGAGAUAGCUACAACCACUGUAGAAGGAUUCGAGAGAGUGAUCAACCGGCAUCUCCGGAGAUGGCUUGGUGUCCCUCCUAGUUUCACCAGCAUUGGACUGUAUGGCAGAACCAACCAACUUCAACUCCCAAUGACCUCACUAGUUGAAAAGUUCAAGGUUGCCAAAGGAAGACUGGUGGUAACCCUCAAAGAGUCAUCAGAUGACAUGAUAUGGAAGGCAGGCAUCGAGACACGCACAGGGCGAAAGUGGUCAGCAAGCCAGGCAGUCGCCCAGGCAGAAAGCAGGCUACGACACAAAGACAUCGUAGGCACCACAGCUAUAGGAAGACAAGGCCUGGGCAGUUCAAAAUCCACAACGCUGGAGCACUGCCGGUAA